AUGUCGGAACUUAUCCGCAACCCAGAGAUGAUGAAAAUGGCCAAAGCGGAGAUUUCCGAAGUUGUUGGCCAUGGAAAGAAGAUGGAAGAGAGUGACAUAGAGAAUUUACCAUAUCUUCGCGCAGUAGUCAAGGAAACAUUAAGGUUUCAUCCUCCUGGCGCAUUCCCGAUACCACGAACCGUGACGCAAGACAUAGAGGUGAUGGGAUACUCAAUACCGAAGGGAACUCUAGUGCUGGUCAAUAUCUGGGGAAUUGGUAAGGAUCCAAGUAGUUGGGAUGAUCCAUUAUCCUUCAAGCCUGAGCGAUUCUUAAACUCCGCCAUUGAUUAUCGUGGGCAGAAUUUUGAGUAUAUACCUUUCGGAGCAGGACGACGUAUCUGUCCUGGACUCCCUUUAGCUGAGCAAAUGAUUCACGUGAUGCGUGGCUCACUUGUUCGAUCUUUCGAUUGGGUUCUGGAGAAAGGUCUGAUUCCGGAAACCAUGGAUAUGAGUGACAAAGUUAGAUUUUCGCUGCGGAGAGCUGUUCCAUUGAAGGUGAUACCCAUGCCGGUCGAUCUAGCUGCAAAUGAUGAAAUAUUUUGCUCAAGCUAA